AUGUCUCUCCAAUCCAUCUCCAAUGAAGUCUUUGACCACAUCCUGUCACUCCUCUACUCGACAAGCUCCAGGCCCGAGUUCCUGGAACUGCGACUUGUAUGCUGGCAAUUCGAUAGUCUCGCAUCCCGCAUUGCUUUCCAACGUGCCACCAAACCCGAGCUGGAUAUUGGUCGCAAGACUCAUUGGCGGGCCAGUAUUGAAUGGAUGCUAGCUACAAAGGCUAAGAUUCACGUUCUAGAUACACAGGGCCCAUUUGCCUUUCUGCAUGACGCUGUUGAGUAUCUACUCGAGAGCAGAGUGGUACCUCAGCUCGCUGUAAAUAAUAUCAUUGCUGCAGCCUGCCGGGCCAUUGUUGCGGUUCAUGAACCCUCCUGGGUUGUCAACCAUCUUGUCACUUGGCAGUCUGACAAGAGCCUCCCGCAGUCCAUAUCGCACCUGGAAACCUACGUCCGUAGGCGAGGCAACGCGAGCUGGCAGACCAAGUCUCAGAAUCCCGAAGCGUUCUAUGGCACAUUGCACCUUCUGCUGGCCUGCGGCAGCGAAGGUGCGGCCGAAAUUGCUUCUGUCAUCAAUGGCAGUCCUACACUCAACGCGACAGGAUUAAUUCCGUGUCAUCCAGUAUUCGGGGAUGCCAUGCGUACUGCUAUCGUUUUGGAAGAAGUUGUCGGAAUGCAGACUUUGGUGAGGCAUGUUGAUCUAAAUGUCAUCGACAUCGACGGCAAGCGAAGCAGCGCUCUGGUCUAUGCUGCUGAAAUGAACCGGAAGAAAGCAGUAUGUCUCCUCUUGAAGUUUUCAAACAGUGCACAGAUAAACGCUCGGGGCAGGUUUGGUCUCACCACACUAGGCUGGGCCGCCCGCAGAGGGUGGAUAGAUGUUGUUCAGCUCUUGCUCCAGAAAGAUGAUAUCAACGUCGACAUUGGUAACAAAAGGGGUGAAACACCCCUAGCGGCAGCAGCGAAAAAGGACUAUGAGGAUGUCGCACAGCUGCUCAUAGCUAAGACAAGUGUAGUAGUUGGAUCAACAAGGUCUUGUCCGCUGCGCAUAGCCUUUGAGUCUGGUGCUACCAAAGUUUCACGUCUCUUCUUGGAUCGGCUUGGGGACCAAAUCGAUAUAAAUCAAGAACUUCUCAACGGCGACACGCCGCUCAUCUUUGCAAUCAAGGAAGGCUUCACAGAUCUCGCUCAAAUGCUACUCGAGGUCCCUGGUGUCAAACCAGACCAGCCAGAUAGCGAAAACCAACUCACGCCACUGGCAUGGGCUGUCAAGGGAGGUCAGAUAGAGAUUGCCCGGCAUUUGGUGAAUCUAGACAUCGAUAUCACGGCAGGAGCUCACAACAAGCUCCCUGCGAUGAUGGCUCUGGAACAAGGAGAUCUGGAUAUGGUUGAUCUCUUGAUUCACAAAACUCUUACUACUUACGACUAUCGCUGCACCGAGCUCAUGUUCGCGCCCAACAGCUUGAGGAAUCGUUUGUUGGCUCUACAGCGUCUUGGGCAAAGCGCGCAGUUUCGAAAAGACUAUGGAUUUCAAUUCGACGCAGUUUUAUGGAAGGCUGCCAGGAUGGGGGAGGCUUCUAUUGUUCGGGAAGUUCUACAAUACGAAGAUAUAGACACAAACUGUAAUUCGGUUUAUGAUACAACGACAUUAUUGAACGCGGCCGAAGGCCCAGCUUCAUAUGAUAUACUCAAGCUCCUACUUACUCGAACUGACGUCGAUGUUAAUGCACGUGGCCCUGAUGGGAGGACGGCUUUGAUGCUGGUCACGAGCAAAGCAGACAUUUCAAGCAUGGAGGCUCUAAUGAAGUACCCAGGGAUUGAUCUUAAUUUGGAUACACCUUACAGUGGUUCGACGAUGUUGAAAUUUGCCAGACUCCCUUUAUCCAAAAAGAGACUCUACAGAGGCUUCAGGGCCUGGGACGGAAUGGCGGGGAAAAGUGCACCACUCCUGAUCGCAGCCGCAAAUAAUUCAUUUGACGCAUUCGAGUUGCUAUUCGAGGAUCCUAGGACAAACCUAUAUAUUACGGAUGGUUUCAGAAGAACAGCUCUCUGGUGGGCCGUACAGUCCAGCAGCAAGAGAAUGGUAGCGAAAAUUCUUGAUCACACACCCAGAAGCAGGGACAUUAUCAACACCCAAGAUAGGGCGGGUUGGGCACCACUUCAUAUCGCUGCGAACAGUGGGGAUUUAGAGAUUGCAAAGAUUCUCAUGGGACAUCCCGACAUUGAUCCCAACGCUGUCAUCGCGAGUGGUUGGACAGCAUUACACAUCAGUAUAGUCACCCACACCAGAAGGCUUUCGCAAUUGCUACUCAACCACCCCAACAUUGACACGAGCCUCAGACUCGAAGACGGCCGGACUGUAUUUGAUUUGCAUGGGGGCUGCCAGUGCGAUUUGCUCUCCAAGUUUAGCCAGGCUUCUUCGUAG